AGUUGGCUGAAUGCAUAGACAUGUGAAGGCGUUUCGAGAAAAAGAAGAAAUAAAUGCAAAUUGAUCUCAGAUGACUCAGUUAACCUUCUAUGCAUUAAAUCUAAAUCGAAAAAAAGUGUACCAUUUUUAAAUUAUCGUACCAAAUAUCGCAAAAAUAGUAAAAUAUGUUCGUAAAGUAACAUAUGUACGAGGAUUCAUGCACCUACGAACAUUUUAACCCUCAAAAACUCGAUCGAGUCGUAGUGAAGUGACGACAAAGGUCGAUGGUCGAUCAGAAAAUUAAUGGUGAGGUGAAGCCCAUUUCACAUGAAAAAAAUGUUGUAACCAAGUGAUUUCGUGUUUUAAACCCAUUUUUAUUCGUUUUACACUGAUUUUAUGUUAUUUGAAGUGUACCAGGUGUCAUAAAUGACUACUACAAGUGCGAAAAUACUGUGAUCACUCAAUCGGAAGAAGGGUAUAGCAAGAAAUGUGAUAUAUUUAUAGAAUUGUUAAAAAAUCGGACGGAAAAUAUGAGUGGCCGCCCGAGAACCACUUCUUUCGCAGAAGGUAACAAGCAAGCAUUGAAUCCACCUUUAGGAGACAUGAAAAUUAGCAGUGGAGGUUAUAUAGGUAAAGAUGGAAGUAAAGUGACGACUGUAGUGGCCAGGCCUGGUCAAGGGCCUGACAGACCUCAGGAAGUAUCCUACACCGACACCAAAGUAAUUGGAAAUGGCAGUUUUGGGGUUGUGUACCAGGCUAAGUUGUGUGACACUUUCGAGUUAGUAGCUAUUAAGAAAGUCCUGCAAGACAAGAGGUUUAAAAACAGAGAGUUACAAAUUAUGCAGAAGUUAGAACAUUGCAAUAUAGUGAAACUUAAAUACUACUUUUACUCUAGCGGAGACAAGAAGGAUGAAGUGUAUCUCAAUUUGGUUCUGGAGUACAUCCCUGAAACGGUGUAUAAAGUGGCGAGGCAUUACAGUAAGGCUAAACAUACGAUACCAAUCAUCCACAUAAAGUUAUAUAUGUACCAGUUAUUUCGUUCUUUAGCCUACAUUCAUUCUUUAGGUAUAUGUCAUAGGGAUAUAAAACCGCAGAACUUGUUGUUAGAUCCAGAGACUGGAGUGUUAAAAUUGUGUGAUUUCGGAAGUGCAAAACACCUCGUCAAAGGUGAACCUAACGUAGCUUAUAUUUGCAGUAGAUAUUAUAGGGCACCGGAGUUAAUUUUUGGUGCUAUCGAUUACACCACGAAAAUUGACGUGUGGAGUGCUGGCUGUGUUUUAGCAGAGCUUUUAUUAGGUCUGCCCAUAUUUCCUGGUGAUUCAGGCGUAGACCAAUUAGUCGAGAUUAUCAAGGUGUUGGGAACACCUACCAAAGAACAGAUCAAGGAAAUGAAUCCCAACUACACCGAGUUCAAGUUUCCUCAAAUCAAAUCACACCCUUGGCAACAGGUAUUCAGAGCUAGAACACCUCCUGAAGCAAUUGAACUAGUAGCAAGAUUAUUAGAGUAUACCCCUUCUUCUAGAAUUAGUCCGUUACAGGCUUGUGCACAUUCUUUUUUCAAUGAACUUAGAGAACCAAAUACUCGACUUCCGAAUGGAAACAAGCUACCACCUUUAUUUAAUUUUACCGAACAAGAGUUAAGCAUUCAACCAGCAUUGAACAGUAUAUUGUUGCCGAGAGGAACGCAGGAGGCAGCUAAUCCUCAGGAGAGUACGUCAGCUGCUAGUCAGGAAGCCUCCGAGGCGACAGCAACUAUCCAAGCAGCGGCCGCUUCUGGUAUAGCUUAGUUAAUAGUUAGUUUAUUCGUGCUAGAAUGUUUAAAUUUACACUUGUCAAAUAUAAUACCUAAAAUACUUCACUCUACUGUAGGGGUCGACCCAUUUAUGUUUAUUUGUUUGUCGAUUUAGAUAAUUUCAAGGCUGAUGUAUCACUUUAUAGGUCUAUUGGCCACCAUUUGAUAUGUUUUAGUUUAAAUAAUCGAUAUACACAUAUGGCUUGGUUUGAAAACACCUAUAUAAUCUUUAUAUACAGAAGCAUAUAUAGUAUAUAUAGUUUAAGUCAAAUUUAUCACUGUAAAAUUCUUGUAAUUGGGGCAAUCUAGUUAAAUAAAUUUAUCAAGUUAGUUAAUGUAUUUGUAAUUCUUUAGAUUCAGUAUAUAGGCCAGCAGUUUACCUCGCAAAAGAUGCCUAGCAAUAAAAUACAGUGAUGGGCGCUCUACUAAUAACUGACAAAAUAAUGCAAAAGAUGGAAAACAUAUAAGUUGUGAGAUAAAAAGAAAAGAAACUAGUAGAGAUGCUAAAUUUAGUGAUAAAAACCUAUAAACUUACAUUCUACUUAAUGUUUCCCACCUUUAGACAUAUCAGAGCUAUAUGUCAACUAAAACUGUCACUGUCACAGUGUCAGUUAACAAACAAGUCCAAUAUGUCUAAAGGUGGGAAACAACAGAUAGAAUGUAAAUUUAUAGGUUUUAUCACUAAAUUUCGCACCUCUACUAGUUUAAUUCCUUUUUAUCUCACAACUUAAUAUGUUAUUAGCAUGCUCAUCACUGUAUACUGACUAAUUUUUUUUGUUUUUUAACCUCACCAAACCUUUUUUAUUCGUAUCUGUAUAUUUAUCGAAGUUCAAAUGUAUUUUUUUUAUUCUUCCAAAUGAGCCAGAAACUUGACAAAAAAACAAUUUUCUGAAUCCCUUCGAAUAAAAUUCUUUUUAAGUUUAUCUCAUCGGAAUAAAAAAUACCUUUUCUCUCUUGGUAAUUUUUCGAAAAAUGCUUCCUUUUCACGUUGUUUGCUAUUUUUUGUUAAAGAAAUGCCUUAAUUAGCGAUUUUUGGGAUUUUUUCCCAAAAACUACUCAAUGAAUUAUAAUUCUACAAAAAGCUUUAUAAUCCUUAAACCCUCAAGUAUAAGUAAGAAUAUUUUGACAAGGACACAUGGUUUAUAUCUCGCUGAAAACAUGGAGUCAAAAAUUCAUCUAAAAUAGGCCCUUCAGACAGUCUACCGCUGCCAUGUGCCUAAGUGUGGACAGUGGUUGCAGAAAAACGGGCACAUGUCACAUAAAUAUUUGUAUAAAUUUAAAACUAUCGUUUGAGCAAGAUAGAAGCCACUUAUCCUUGUCAAAAUAUUAAUAAUAAGGUUUAAAGAUUAUAAAGUUUUUUAUAUACUUACAAUUCAUUUAGUUGUUUCUUAGAAAAAAAAUCGCAAAUAACUCAAAAUUUCGUCCCUAGAAAAUUUUACUUAAAUUGAUUCAGAAAAUUGUUUUUUUAUAAGUUAUUUCUUAAUAACAAUUUCUGGCCCACUUAGUAAAAUAAAAAUAUAUUGGAACUUUGAAAUAUAUUUACAGAAUCAAAUAAAAGAGGUUUGGUGUGGUAGAAAUGCGAAAAAAAUUUAUCGGUUUAUGCCCUGCUUGUGGGGAUAAACUGCUAGCCUAAUAGUGGAAAAUAUAAAAUAUACAACAAGAAAUUAUAUUUUCAAUUUUUACAGUUGAGUGUGAAAUUCAUAAAAUUUGAAAAGGAAAGUAUUUUUUUGUUUUAUUUAACAUUUUAUGUACAGUCUAAACUUACAACACUUUCAUACAUAUGCAGUGUAUGUGUGGGUUUAAGAGAUUUUUUGUCUAUAACAUUAUGUAUGAUAUUAAUUUAUUUGUAUCUUUUUAAAGAUCAUUUUGCUACUACAACAUUUGUAACUUCAAAUAACCUAUUUUCUUUAUGUUUUUUAUUGCCAAUUGACAGAAUCAUGUUAUUUUAUCAUCAGCACCUGUACACUUGAGGAAUAUUUAGUAUUUCUAAAUAAAAUUGUUGUUUAGAGCUCAUCAUUUCGUUGUUUUUGUCGUUUCAAGUUGUUACUAUUUCUCAUUGUUUCGUUUGUAUUGUAUUUUCACUUCCUGCUCUUUAGUCUCUCUCUAUUGUUAUUUAUUAUGACUAACAUCUUAUAAUUGAAAAAAUAUUAUCUUUAGACCAAAAUUCAUUGUCAAAAUGCCUGCUUCAAUGCAUCUUUUACUAUUUGUUUAUUAGUUUUUCUAAUUUAGCUUCUUUAUUGAUCGUUUUUGAACUCCUUACUUCGAUUCAACAAAAUCAUGUUAUAAUAAAAGUGUUGAAAUUAUAUUAAUUUCGUUUAAUAUUGUUAUCAACUCCUCUCAUAAUUGCUUUAUUAAACAUGGAAAAACCAAUUUUAGGUAGUUCUUGAAUAUUUUACACAUUUUGUUACCUUAUGGCAUUUUUAUAGGACCAGUGUGUUCAUAUCAUUAUUUAUCAUGUAUGAAAUAUGCUGUAUCAUAAACUUUUCGAAGAUAAGGACUGCUUCAAAAUCAAAAUGUCGUGUGUAAUUUUGUCAUGUAAAGACUAUCAUUACAAAAUUAGUUGAAUUCUGAGUUACCAUUUUUCUAUCUAAAGGGGAUAUGUAUAAAAUCUUAUAAUAAAUAUUGAUUUGUUGUUAAACUGAAUUUAAAAAAAAAUUCCAAAUACAUUUCUUUAAUGUAAUUUCAAAGAAUAUGUUAACAUGUUCACUGUGUUACAGAAUUUAUUACUUUGAUAUUAACUGCAUUACAUAUCUUUGAGAACAUGUAAGUAGUGAUUUAUUUGACAGUGUCUUGUAUUUCUAAAGUAAAAUUUUCUUUUAAAUCUCUUGUACAAAUCUUCAAUUCAUUUGUAAAUAUAUCAUUAGCUCAUAUAGUUAUAUAAAUGACAAAGGAGUAAUGAUUAUAUUAUUGCAUUAUUCGUGGUGUGCAAGUACUUGGAGGCGAUACGAGAAACGAUCAUGCGCGAAUAGCGGAAAAAUGUUGCAACUUUCUUAAAUAAUUCAUAUUGUCAAUUGAAAUUGUCAAAUUGACGUAUAUUUCAUACCUACUGUCAUUGAAGAAGAAAAAUUAUGUUACUCCAUAAUAUUGAUAUGAUAUGCAAUUAUUAUAUAAAAGUAAAUUUAUUAGUUGUAUUUUGCUUGCAGUACCGCAUUUUAAUAAUUAAUUUUAUUUACUACAUACAAUUGUUUACGUUUUCAUCACAUAACCUGAAUCUUAUUUUUUCUUCUUAUUAUUUUUUUGGGCUAUGGCCUUGACAAUUAUCCAGCAACCAGGACCAAUAUGAUUGGCCAAUAUAAUUAAAAGUGCGAAAAAAGUUGGCGAGCUAUGAAACCAGGUGUCGCUUUUCCGAACUUGCACGGUCCCAAUAAGGUUGUACAAUAUCAUUAAAUUAUUAAGUAGAAUCAUUAAAUCUGUUAAAUUACAAUAAUAUUCCUGUCCCCUGAUUUUCUUCCUUUAUCAGGUUUAAAAGAUUGUUUUCUACGUAUUGUUACUUCUGAAGUUGUCUAGUAAAAACGUCAUGUCCAUUUAUUUCAUUUGGAGAAAAAUAAUUUUGUUUAUUUGUCAGUGGACUUGUUUUUUUUCCUGGGUUGCAAUCAACUUAAAUAUUUCAUAUGCAUAGUUGACGCAUUCACAAAUCUUGUCUAUUUUGUUUAUAGACUCAUAGGUUGCUAGGACUAAAAAACCUGAAAAAGUGGUUUUUAGGGGUUUUUGGGAUUUUCCCCAUUUUAUAUACAUAUUUCAAAAUAGAUCACAUCAAGGUUUUUUAUAGGUUACCUAUAUAAAUAAUUUCAAACUAACUGAUUCUUUUAGGACAUUUAAAAAUUGGGCGAAAUACCUUUAAACCCCCAAACAUAAUUUUUCGUUUUUCGAAAUUUUUGUUUUGUGUUGUGGUUUGUGGGGUUAAUCAAAAUCUUUGAUUCAAUCAAUAUAAACUGUAUCAAUACGUCUCCAAUUGGUAUUAAAAAAUAUGAAAAAGAAUAGUUUUGAGGCCUCAAAGAAGCAAAUAAUAUAAUAAUUGUAUUAUUUAUGAGAAAAAUCAGGUUUUCCAAGAGUUAUUCGAGGGUUUUUACAGGAUCUAGGGGUACUUCUAGUAAAAAUCUCGUAUUAUCACAUCUUAUAACUAAAUAUAUAAUUUUUUGGUAGGUAAACUACAUUGUAAUAUAUUCUUCAUUGAUUUGUAAUGCAGUUAAUGUGUCAAGAAUAUUUUAUAAAUAUUUAACAAAUUAUUUUAAUUUUAAAACCAUUUAUUUUAGCUGAAGUCUUAGAGAUAUCACCUUACAUUUAGUAUAUGCCAGUGUGUUAAAAAAUAUUGAAAACCUAUGAAAUUGAUUAAAAAAUAUAUAUAGAUUAUUUAAAUUUAGAAGAGGAGUAAAAAUGUUUUAAAUAUUUAUUUAGUUUUAUCAUUAAUUUUAAUAGUAUUUUUUAAUUGUUAGAUGUUUUUAAUAGAAUUAUGUUCAUGUAAAAUUUUUGUGUGUGGAAGAUGAAUAUACAGGCAACCUAGCAUCUCUUGCAAUUGUUAGUAAAGUCAGAAAUAGAUGAGUAUUCUGUAUGUAUUA